AUGUUGAUGGACAGGUUCUACAACCAACAGCGGCUUCGCAAAAGCGGUGGUAGCAGCUUGAGCUCAGUCGGUUCUGGCUCUCCCGUGGGACGGCACCAGCCGACCCGUCCUCCAACGGCCGCCAACAGCAUCUCGGCCGCCUCCACAUCGACGCUGCUCACCGCUAGUUCGUCGUCCGAACGUACCCGCAACUUUUCCACAGACAGCAGGCCGCGCACGCCGCCAUCAACGAGGCCGUCGAUGCAGUCAGGCGAACAAGACGAGUAUCCCGAGGAUCACCCGAGCCCGACCUCCGAUGAAGUGAACGAGGCCGUCUGGGCGGGAGGGUCCGAUUCAGACGACGGAUCGGACAGCGACCCGACGCCGGGUCAGAGUCUCCGGGCGGUAACAAAUUCCAGCAAAUCAAAGAUCAAGACGGGCAAGUCGUCCAUCUUCCAGUCUAUCUUCAAUAAGUUUGCCAAAACCGGAAAGCGCUUCGGCUUCGUGCCAAACACCAAGGAAGAACAAGACAGAAAUGUCCUCCAACACCAGAUCAUUGCCGAACUCUUCGACCACAGACUCCACUUGGGCCCAGUCGUCAAGGCCAGGGCCGCCCUCGACGUAGGCACGGGGCCAGGGCUAUGGGCAUUAUUGACCGCCGCAACAGCCAAGAAGAACCCAAACUGUGCCGUGAUGGGCGUCGAUAUUGAGAAAGUGCGCCCUCCAUAUAACGUGUCCAACUGUCAGUUCAAGAUCAUGGAUAUAACUACCGACUGGAACAUCGGCAGACAGUUCGACUUCAUCCAUGUCCGUAUGCUAGGCGAUAUCGUGGAAAAGGAAAAGUUCGUUGACUCCAUCUAUCGCCACCUCAACCCUGGGGGCUGGGUCGAGUUCAGCGAAUGGAUCGCGAUCCUCGUAUCCCCAGAUCACUCACUAGAGGGGACAGCAUUUCACAAGUGGAACAUGCUUCUCCAACAGGGUCUUCAGAAUAUGGGCCGCUCCAUGCACUACGUCUCACAAUAUCAGCCCAUCUUGGAGAAGUCAGGGUUUGAGAGGAUGAAGUUGACGAAGCACGCUGCUCCUACGAACGCGUGCUACCCGGGUAAGAAGUGUCAGCGGUUCGGUACCAUGAUGUCCAGCAAUUGGAAUGCCAUCAUCGAGCCGCUAAGUGUCCCUGUUUUUACUAUUGGUCUAGGCUGGUCCGAGGCCCAGGUUCUUGCAUUGGUUAAGAAGGUCCGCAAGGAGAUUGAUGAUACGAACUACCAUUCGUUCAUGACGCUGCUUACGAUAUACUGUCGGAAGCCACGUAGCGGUGCAUCAUCGUCCGCAUCGUUGGCGAGCUCAUCUCGCUCGGCAGCUCAAAUGUCGGUGUCCAAUGUCAGUUCACAUGGGUAG